AUGGAAUCUUAUGAAAAAGCUUUACAAUGUCAAAAUGAUCCUUAUGCAAAAGCUAUAAUUCAACUUAAUAUUGAUGUAAUACAUUCAAUGAAUAAAAGUAAUGAUACAACAUUUAAAUGCUAUGUUGAAGCACGUGAUAUACUUAAACAAAUUCAUCCAUGUCCAUAUAAGGCAAUAACUCAAUGUCAAGGUAUUAUUGGUAAUUAUUAUUUAACUUUAAAAGAUUACAAUACAGUCGAAGAUUAUUAUUGUGCAACAUUUGAAAUGAGUAAUAGAAUUUCACUUAAUGCUGAUCAUAUUCGAAUUAAAUCUAUAAAAGCAUUAGCUGAUUUAUAUAAUAAGCGAGGCAUGAAGCAACAUGCUAUUGAUUUUUGUCAAGAACAAUUGUUUAUUUAUGAAAAAGAGCCAUUUGAAAAUCAGAUUAGCAUUACAAAUAUUUUAAUAGCUAUUGGUGAUUAUACGAUGAUAAUAAUGAUGAAAAGAUACGAGUAUUGGAUAGAGCAUUGUCUAUAUUAA